UAUUUAGCCAUUUGUGCCACUCUUCUAUUCGCUGCCCGGUGUGCGAUCAUCCAUCUUUGACGAACACCGAUUCAUCGUUGCCUUCGUCUGCCUAGACAAGACUCUAUUGUUGGGCUUCUUCUAAAAGGCUAUUACGAUAAAUCAUCAUGUCUUGGGGUGCUUAUGUAACAAAUCUUGAGACUGGAAAGGGAAGGUGCAAAUAUGCAGGUAUUUAUGGGAAGCAAGGAGGAGUGUGGGCAGAGUCUGCAGACAAAUCUAUGUUCCCAGUAACUGCUGAUGAGGUGGCGAACGUCUUACGUGCUGUGACUAAUCAAGACAUGAAUGUAAUGGGCACAGGUAUUACGAUGGGGGGUCUGAAAUUCACAUGUUUGCGAAUGGAACCAGACAUACUUAUCUGUCAGGGCAAAGGCGAUUACAAAGAUUAUAGUUUAGUAGUAAGUCUCUCAAACCAAGCAGGUAUCAUUGGUUUUAAUCCUGAUGCAGAUAUAAAGGCUGCCCAAGUGCGCGAGGCUGUAGAAGUAAUGAAAGAUUACUUGAAGAGUGUUGGCUAUUGAUUCACGCCCAUGUUUUAACAUGUUAAAUGCUAGCCAAUAUUUAAAAAUUGAUAACUGUAGUAUUUGUGUAAGGGCGGUUUUUUUUUAGGAACCAAACAAAAUAUAAUCUUUUUUUCUCUUUAAGUUUUGGUAAAUUUGGUGAUGUACUUUUAAUCUAACAAGUUUGUGUUUGAAUAGUUAUUUUUAGUUCAAUAUUUCUUACUCAAUGCCCUUCAGCAGGUCCUUUUCAAAAUUUUGUAUCCUGGGAUAUUAUGGGAGGGUUUAUAGCAUAGAUUAUUUAUUAUGUACCUAGUUUAUUUAAAUUAAUAAGAAGUAAAUACAUUUCACUGUAAUUCAUAACAUUUUUAGCUUUUAGUUUCCUAUUAGCUGUAUCUUUUUAAACACAAAAAAAAAAUUUUCAUUAUAUAAUUUAUAUGCGUUACUUACAUUUCUUUUUAUUAUAUGACAUAUGCUAAUAUUGUACCAGAUUUUAAGUAUUUAAGGCAUUGUUUUGGCAUAGAAGUUAAAACUCGAGCUAAUCAGUGGAGACAGACACGUCCAGUAUUGAAAACUUUGGCCAGACUGUGUUGAUUGAACAAGGGACACAAGUAGAUAGAUCUGGUGUGAAGGUGCCUCACGUGCUGUUCCUCUGGCUCUAUGCUUCACUUGUUUGCUUUUUUCCUGGGGGAAAAAACAAUCUCUGGGCUUUAUUAGAACUAUAUAUAGCUAUUGUUUGUGACUGCAUGGUUUUAACGAAUGUUUUGACUGGAGGCAUUCAUUACAUACAUCUGGUUUUAUAUUUAAGUGCUAAAUCAUACCUCAUAGUGUAUUUUCUAAAUUUUACCUGUUGAUUAAAUGUAUUUAAAGUAAUAUCUUUAAAAAAUUCAAUUUAUAAUAUGCAAAAGAAAAUUGCAUCACGUUUAGUACUAAAUUAAUCACCUAUUGGAAACUUUACCCUGACCUACUUGCGCUGUGCCUGUUGAUGCUCAGGUUUUUCUUCUAAUGAAGCCUCCUCCACAUGUUUGCAUGUAGCGCGGACGUUUUGAAAGAAAAUUGACAGCUCUGUUCAUUUUUUUUUGCCAUUUCUAUUUCAUGUACAAUAUUGCUCACAUAUUUGAUAAACCAACUAUCUUAUCUGUACUCCACCAUUUGUAAACUUUGAGUAGUAGAGAACACUGUUCUCAUUUCUGAAUCAUUGUAAUUUUUUUUUUAUUGAACACAAAGUGAAUGCAGACACAAUAAAAAAAAUAAACAUGCUUAUGAAUGAGAGUGAAAAUAUUCAGUCACAAAUUGUGUUUUGUCUUUUCAACUUUUUGUAUAAGUGCUUCUUCUUAAAUCUGUUUGAGGAUUCAUGCUAUCUUCAGUUAUGCUAACCAGAUAGCUUUUUUUAACAGCAUACCAACACUAAAGUAAAAUGUUUACUCUUAAAAGCUAUAAUAAAAGUAAACAGCUAAUCAAAUUUUGCUCUUGUUUUAUUAUCUAGUUACUUGUUCAAUUAGAGCAAAUUCAAAUAGUGGACUGCAAAUCCGUUCAUGAAAAAAUACUAGAUUCUAGAUGAAAUGUAUUAAAGUAAUAUACAAUGGUCUAUGCAUUAAUGCUUCCUGAUCCUAUUUAUAUCUAUCCAUACCAAUAGUGUUCUUGGGUUCUCUUUAUAAAUUGUAACUUUCAAGUUUCUUAAUAUUAAUGUUGCUAAAUUUGUAUACAGCACAUGUGUGUACAUUAUUCCAGAUUGAGGCUUGAAUUUCCCAGUAAAACUCAUAGUUCAAGCUAAUUCCUGGUUUGUGCUUGAAAAAAUUGCUUUUGUAGGCAGAUAGCCAAUUGGUAGUUAGGCUGGUGGUAAAGUCCUGUUUUUUACUGCUACACAAACAUUGUUUUCAAAAUUAAAACUUUGUAACAGCUGUUUUGAUUGGUUCAGAAAUAAACAUGGUUUCUUAUU